GGCGCACCGGAAGCGGCCGCGAUGGACCCGCAGCAGCGCCUCGUGCUCACCGCGUGCGUGUCUUUAUCGGUAUUCGAAACGGCGUGCGUUAUCCGCGACGGUUCGUAUCCGAGACGCGAAGAUUGGGCGACGAUGAUCGGUCUGUCGCAAGUCGAGUACCCGAGGGUGUCGCUCGCGGACGCGUCCCCGGGGCCGUACUACGCGACGGGCGCGCAUCUGUCCGUAACCGCCGGCCGCGUGGCGUUUACGCUAGGGUUCGGCGGACCCGCCAUCGUCAUCGACACCGCGUGCUCGUCAUCCUUAGUCGCGAUCGGUCACGCGCGGGAGUACGUGUGCGGUCGCGGCUUCGAACGCGCGGCGACGACGACGACGAAAUCGCGCGGAUGCGUCGUCGGCGGCGUGAAUCUCACGAUCGACGCGACAUGGUCCCUCGCGUGCGCCGCCGCGCGCAUGCUCGCCCCAGACGGCCGCUGCAAGACUUUGGAUUCGACCGCGGACGGGUACGUCCGCGCGGAGGCGUGCGGGGUGCUUCACGUCGUCGGGCAAAGUCCAAGGCGCGCGCCGUCUUUCCUCGCCGUCUCCGGCGCGUCCGCGAACCAGGACGGACGCAGCAGCGGGCUCACGGCGCCGAACGGCCCGGCGCAGACGACCGCGAUUCGACUCGCCCUCGCGUCCGCGGAAGGUAACGCAUCGGAUGUGACCGUUUUAGAGAUGCACGGCACGGGGACCGCGCGCUCGGGGAUCCGAUCGAAGUCGGCGCCGCCGCCGCCGCGUUGUCCUCCUCCGACCCCUUUCAAACCCCUUUCAAGCCCUUUCAAACCCCUUUCAAACCGCGGCUUUCAUCGGGAUCGACGCCGUCGACCGCGUCCGCGUCCGCGUCGAUCGUGA